GGCUCGUACGCGGUCCUAAAGUCUUCCCAAAUCUUCAUUGUCAGUAGUUGUCAUUCUGAACUUCGUUCGGUUCACAGUCAGUUUAUCUGUUACCAAUUAGGUCGUACUUAUUAAUUAUUGUUAAUAUUAAUGUGAUAACGUUGUGUUAUCUGUCACGCAUCAAGUUUCUCUGACCGCUUGCACCUACCAAGUCGUUCGUGUUGUAUUUUGAUUCAGUCAGUACGUCUUCGCGCGUCGGGCAGAGCGGUCUUGCGUCGCGCAGAUCGGAAACUGUCAUCGAUCAUUUAUAAGUGAUAAUUAAAAAAAAGAACUUGGUGUUUUUUAGUCUGUGAUAUCUGAAUGACUGUCAAAAUUAGCCGGUUAAGUGGUGUUUGGAAUUGGACGUUGGGUGAUGCGGUGGUCGACACGACCAACUUAACAAUGGAAACGAUGAGCAAUGUUUGGACGGUGGUGGAGCAUGUCAGGGUGGCCAGCGGUGCCGCCGAACUGGCAAUCUUCACCGCUUUGCUGUACUGGUUCUUUACUUCAAGCCGCGUCGCCGACAUGCUGGAGGUGGUCGGCGAACGCGUCGGCGGGUGGUGCGGCGGCACCCGGGACACGAGCAGCUCUCUAAGACAGGCUGUGCGCGUGCGCAGGCGGCCGCAGAAUGUGUACUCCAAGUUGGACACUGAAAUAACAAAUCGCUCAAACGCCCUGUACCGGGUGAAGGAGACGACGGUGGUGUCUGCCCCCCAACCAGUGACCAGACCCCCCGCCGGCCUGGCUUGCUCGAGAUGUGCACCUAUAUCAAGGGAGUCAUGGCAAGACCCGAAAGCGACGGACACGGGCAGCGUCAUCAACAUCCUGAACAUCGGCAAGCAGACGUUCGCGAACGGCGGCGUGGUCUCGCGGUACCUCUGCGACGUGGCGCAAUGCUGCAACCUGAGGACUUUCGAUUACAAGGACCUGGUACCCGAUGUAAUCAAAGACGAGCAUUUAAAGCAAUCGGUGGACGACGUUACACAAGAGGAGAUCAACAAGCUAUACGCGAAUAACCAGCACACUGGCGGCGGUGAUAGCGAAUAUGCCGCCAAAUACCAGUCAGUGAGGAAGAGGAUUGAGGCCAGGGCGGUUAAAAUUGUCCAGGAUAUCAGCUCGGCUAUGUCCAAUGGCGUUCUCAAAUUGGUAGCGUGGGUAUGCCACAAGGCGAUCCGUCGCAUCGCCCGGGGCGGCUGCGGCACCCGAGCCACGUGCGUCGAAAGAUUGCGUCGUGCUGACGCGGCGGGAGUUCCUUUGGUCUUCGUGCCUCUGCACAGAUCUCACUUCGACUACAUUCUAGUGACUUUCACUCUGUAUUUGACUGGAUUGAGACCUCCUCUGGUGGCGGCUGGUAACAAUAUGAGGAUACCUUUCUUUGGUUGGUUUCUAAGAGGUUGCGGAGCUUUCUUCAUCAGGAGGAGGACUGAGGGAGGAGAUAACCAAACCGGCGAUCCGGUGUACAAAGCUGCUCUGAGGGCCUACAUUCUGAACGGUUUGGCAGCAAACAACAAUAUUGAAUUCUUUAUCGAAGGCGGUCGCACCAGGACCGGGAAACCGCAGACUCCCAAAGCGGGCAUUUUGUCGGUAAUAAUGGACGCGUACCUAGAUGGCACUAUAGACGACGCACUGUUAGUCCCGGUGACACUAAACUACGACAAACUGGUUGACGGGAACUUUGUGCGUGAACAACUCGGCAUGCCGAAGCAGAUGGAGACCUUCUGGUCGGCGCUCAGGGGCAUCUGGAGGACCCUCAACACCAACCACGGCGGCAUCCGGGUGGACUUCAACCAGCCUAUAUCAUUGAAGGAACUAGUUACAUCAUUCCAAAAGUACAACUACCUCAAGGCGCCAAUAGAAAGACCUCUAACGCCGCCUAACAACAACUUAGCGGUGAAUCUAGACAGGCAGAUAUUGUACAACCACAGCCACUCGAGUCUGUACGGCGCUGACGUCACCACGGACCACAAGAUGAUGGUCGAGGCGAUCGGCAGGCAUUUAGUCUAUGAUGCCACCGAAGCAACAGCGCUGAUGUGUACCAAUGUCGUCGCCUACGUUCUUCUGACCGAAGCUCGUGAAGGAGGAUCCUGGAACAACGUGAAGAGCAUGGUGUCCGCCCGGGGGAACGCCCUGAAGCGGGCCGGGAGGGACCUGGGAUAUUCUGGGGACGACCAGGCCGUGUUCAAACACGCUCUGGAGAUGCUGGGCCGCGGGCUGGUUCGAGCGGAGGCGGGCGCGGUGGCGGCGCGCGGCAGUGUGGCCGCGUGCCUAGAGCUGUCAUACUACGCAAACUCCUGCGUCGCGCACUACGCCGCACCCGCCAUACUCGCUACCGCCCUGGAAAGCAUAGUCGCCCAACCGGACGCGGACCAAGAGUACGUGUCCCACCACGAGCUGAUGGAGGCGGCGCUGCAGCUGUGCUCGGUGCUGAGCCUGGAGUUCAUCCUGUGCGCGCCGUGCCACCGCAUCGAGGAGCGGCUGCUGGGCGCCGUGGACGAGAUGGUCGCCGACGAGGUGCUCGCCAGGGUCGAGGAGAGCGAAGGUCUGGAAGAGCAGCGCUGGGCGCGGCGGCUGGCGCAGCAGCUGGACGAGGACGACGAGGCGGCGCGGGCGAGCCGGCGACUCCGCUACCGGCUGCAGCGCGGGCCGCGUGCGCUGGCGCACAGACGACGACUCCUCCUAACAAUCCGGCCGCUGCUCGAGGCGUACUCGACCACGUGUCGCUGUGUGCAGGACGGCUCACAGAAGGCCGUGGUCAAAGCCACGCUGGACGCCAUGACUGAAGACUUCACUCUCAACAAGAUGUUAUAUGGUGAAGCGAUAUCAACAGACGCUAUCAGAAAUUGUCUGCGACUCCUCAAACAGUGGGGCCUCAUCGACUUGUACACCCAAGGCAAAGAUCGCAACCUACGCCUCUGCCCGCCCUACAACGACCGCGUGACAUUUGAUGCGGUGUGUACAACGAUCUACAAAUACAACAUGGACUCGCCCCUUCUCAAGUGAUCUGUGAUAUAAACAGUUUAGUGAUAAUUAGUGAUGUGUUAGUGUUUGUGACGAUGUAAGAGUAAGUACAGUGCUAUUCUAUUAGAUUUGGUCUGUUCGAGUGGACGGUUUGUACUUGAAAAGUACAAUUUGAUGGGUUUUGUAAUGAUUUUUUUAAGUACUGUGUUGCAAGUACAUUUUAUGUUAAACUUGUUGAGACUAUUGUAUUUUUUAUGCUUAUAAUUCGUACUGAAUCCCAAAGAAUUGGGUGACGAGCUAAUAAAUAUACAAUUUUUAAGUAAAAGUAUGUAAUAAUCCCAGAUAAAGAGUAUGCCCUUACUGGUCAUUCAAAUUAUACUAUUAUUUCAUUGUAUCUGCCCAAUGCUGCAUAGUCUGAAUAAUUAUGUAUAAAAAAAAAUUACUCAUGUCUGUCCAUCAAUCAAAGUAAUCUUUUGUAAGGAUUUUAUUGGAUGAUAGAAUAAGGGUCACGUGAUUUUUUAUUUAUCCACUUUUAAAUACCUUUAAAAACAAUUUAUGGUUUUGUCUUUAAGGCCUUUGAAUAUAAAUAUACUUGCAAUACAGUUACUGUUACAUUCUGUUUAUAUUUAUUCCUAGUUUUAUAUUAGGCUGAGUACAUAUACAUAAAGGCGAUUUUUUUUUCAAUAAUACUUGCUUAAUAAAUGUGUAACCAAUCAACUGAAUAUAAUAUGUAACCAUACCGACUGGUCAGUAUGUAUCUUCAGGAUCAUUGACAAGCCCUAUCUUCCUUCUCCCUCUUCUUUUGAUGUUAACCGCGGAGUAAGAGGGAGGGGCGCUAGGACAUAUGUCUUAUUAAAGCUUGUAAAUCAACCUCCUGACUUUUGAAUCAGGGUUAUAUGCUAACUUUUACCUGGAAUAAAUACCAGAACUAUUAUGAUUGUUUGGUGUAUUUGUACCCAGCUGUACAUUUGAAAACUUGACAUACAAAAAGCUGUACAGAAUCUAUACCCAUUGCGGUAUAUUGUCACGUCCUUGUUGCUAAUGAAGUAUACAGAGCCUUUCAAAAAUGUUGUAUUUACAGUUAAGAUUUUGUGUGUAUCCAAUUGGUGUUUAUAUGAAAUAAAUUUAAUACAUUCUAUUGUUUCAAAAUAUUGCCAGAUUUUGUAUAGCUUUUGUGUGAAAAUUAAUUAAAAAUAUGGGUGGUGGAAAACCCAAUCAUUUAAUAGUUGUACAAAUUGGUGAAAAGGCUGGCCUCAUCACUCAUAUACAGCUUAACAAUUAAUUGUAGCAAAGAUAAAUAUUUUAUUUUUUAUUUGCAAAAAACAUAGUCAUCACUAGGUGUUAAUAAGAGCUGAAAAUACAAUCAGAUAAAGCACCCGGGUUAUAUUAGUUUACUCUAGAAUUCGUUACUUCCGGGAUGCGCAGUAGUAAUUAUUCAUAUAAAUAAAUCUUCUGCUUAACGUACAUAGAGUCGAAUUUUGUUGAACUUACGUGCCGGACACUGUAUCUGUAUAUGCUGUUAUGCAAAGGCAUUUGUAAGCAUCAAUUGCUAAAAUAAAAGUCACUGUUGGGACCAAAUGUUUACUAAAACUAUCAGAAAUCGUGAUCAAUAUGUAAACAUAUAGUGUCUGCUGUGUACAUUUUGCAAUCUGGCGGCCGAAACUUGUCUCACAAUAACGAAAAUUUAAUUGAAAUCUUUCUUCUCAUUAUGUCAUUUGGUUACUUGCGAUUAACGGUAACUCUUUUUAAGUUUAUUUUUAAUAUUAACGUAUGAUACAAAUUGUUUGCGACUUGCCUAUUUACGGGGAACUCCGAUUUGUUUCCUUAAUCUGGUUGUAAUGUGAAAGGACGCUAUUAAAAAUAUUGCAGAUAUUCGCGUUUACGUAAUGUGUACAACAUCUCGAACACAAAUGUAUGUGUUAUUUCAAAUACACGAAAAUAAAGUACUGACGUAUAUUAUACAUGAUAUUAUGACAAAUUGUACAAUGCAUGUAAUGAUGACAGGACGUUUUAGAUUAUGACUAAAUAUAUCUUAUGGUCAUGUUAUAAUUGACGUCAUUUGUUAACCACUCCUUUAUGGAAAUGAUGGCUUGACAAUGAUUCAGUUUGUAAUAAUGAAAAAUAAUCUGUAUAAAAUGUAACCAGAGCUUGGAAAAUAUAUAUUUCCAUCUCUUUCAAUUUAAAUGUAUAAUUGCAUUUAUUUAACUGUUAUAAUUAUUGUAUGUUUACCGCAAUAUUUCAUCAAUGACUGACUGAUAUGACUUACGGUAUUAAAAACCGCAAAUUCGAACGGCCCGUCAUAGUGUGGUAUAUAUUUUUUUAUUUCCUCGAAUUAUAUUAACUCCAGCGUUUAUGAAUGUCGAAAUUGAACCAACUUAUGUCGGUUAAUUUUCAUAUUUAUAUAAUGCACAAAAAGUUACAUCUUACUGUGUAAAUAAACAAUAAAGGAUAUGUAGUUAGUAAUCCCAUUCGGAAAUAUGCCAAAUAUUAAGACAAACUGAUGUCGAAAUUUUAAACUCUACCCUUACUUUACCAUAGCUUAGCCUUUGUGGUAUGUUAGUUACAUUGAAUGGGACUUCUCACUGCUAAUCUCAUGUGUAAUAUUGCAAGUGUAGUUAUUAUAUACACUGUGCUUUUUUUAUAAGAAUUGAAAAAUGAUAACGGAAAGUCUGCUGCCGCCAUAUUUUGAAUAUCGAACGUAAAAGGGGUUUUUCCUAAAUUUUCUAAUAGACUGCUUUUAUUUUCAUAUACGUUCCAUGUGCAAAUAAUAUGGCGCAGGAGACUGCUGUAGUUUUCUUCGACACGAUCUAUGUCGGUUGGCCAAUAUAAUAAUAUAACUUGCAAAUCUUUUAUAUAUUAUAUUGAUGAGGGAUACUUAAAAUCAUCCUGUUUUAAAUUUCGGGUCGUAUGCCUUGUUAUAAAAUGAACAAGGCGGAAACUUGGCCAAAUGUUUUAUACUGUAAUACUCUUAAGUCAGGGAUCGUUUGUGUAACUAGUUGUAUAUUGCCUCUUUGGUUGACUAGUAUUUGCAAAUAGUGAAAAAGGUUGAAUAAAACAAUCUUUGUAUAUAUAA